ACUUAGCGCGCUUCCUCGCCUGUCCGCCUGCGGUGCCUGCGGUCCCUCACAGCAGCCCGGGGAGACUUCGGAGGCGGCGGCGGCGGGAGCUGACCCUUUGCGCCCGCGAGCUCGGUGCUUUUGCCCCGUGAGGCGGCCAUGGGGCAGCCGCCGGUCUCGCUGUUGCUGCUGGGCUGCAGCGCCGUGCUGGUGUGUCCCCUGCUCUGCCUUCCCUCGUCGGGAAAUGAAUCUUUUGCUCAGAUUGGACCAAAAACCUUCCCCUAUUCAACAGAAGAAGAAUAUGAAAAAAUCCCAUUGGGAGACGAUGACAUUGAAAACGAUUCAGAAAUUGGAUCGGGUUCUAUCAAUGAAAGUAUUUUCCCUCGAGAAACACGAAUGCUGCCACCUAAACGGAUCUCUGGAGAUGUCAAGGAGUACCUGACUAGUGGAUGGCUGACCAUUUUUGUUCCAUCAGUUUAUACCCUAGUUGUUGCACUGAGUCUACCUCUGAACAUCAUGGCAAUUCUUGUGUUCCUGAUAAAAAUGAAGGUGAAAAAGCCAGCUGCAGUGUACAUGCUCAGCCUGGCUUCUGCUGAUGUUCUCUUUGUGAGUGUUCUUCCUUUUAAGAUUGUCUACCAUUUUUCUGGGAACAAUUGGGCAUUUGGACCUGAAAUGUGUCGUUUUGUCACUGCUACCUUCUACUGCAACAUGUACUGCUCUAUCCUGCUGAUGAUGGUGAUAAGCAUGGACCGUUUCUUAGCAGUGGUGUACCCAAUGCAGUCCCUGUCAUGGCGCACACGAAGACGUGCCUUUGUGGUCUGUCUUGCCAUCUGGCUUGUAGCAAUAGCUGGAGUGAUACCUCUGCUAAUCAAUGAGCAAACCCAAAGAAUCCCUCAGUUAAACAUUACAACGUGUCAUGAUGUGUUGAACAAAGAUGAUCUUAAAGGCUAUUACCUUAUUUUUUUCACCAUUUUCUCUUCUCUUUUCUUUUUUGUGCCAUUAAUUGUUUCUGCUGUUUGCUAUGUGUGUAUCAUCCGGAGUCUUAGGUCUUCGAAUGUCGCUGCGAAGCAGAGCAAGAAAACACGGGCGUUACUAUUGUCUGUAGCUGUUUUCUCCGUUUUUAUUAUAUGCUUUGGUCCAACCAAUGUCCUUUUGUUAAUUCACUACAUCAGUUUUUCUUACAAAAACUACUUGGGGAAUAUCUACUUUGCCUAUCUCAUCUGUGUCUGUACUAGCAGUAUAAGUUGCUGCAUUGAUCCUUUGAUCUAUUAUUACACUUCUUCUGAAUGCCAGCGACACCUUAUCAAUCUUUUUUGCUGUAAAAAGACCUCUGAAUCUUGCAGUACCAGUACCAGUGGCCAGUUAAUGACUAGGACCAGUAGAAGGGGUACUUGCACCAGUACACUUGGUAACAGUGUCUACAGGAAGCUAUUAACAUAGGAUUGCAAUCAGCUAAGUUUUGUUCAAAGUAGACUUACUGAAAUCAAUGGACCCAAAUAGUUAGUACGUCCACGAAUUUCAGUGAAUCUGUUCUUACUAUGAGAAACAUUUGCUACAACUCAUACUGUUUUGUGGACAAAAGUACAUUUUGUGCACUUAUUAUUUAUAUAGCUAUAUAUUUAAGCUAUUAUACUGAAGAAUAGCCAUAUCACAUUUUUCACAUGAUUAACAUGUUUGUUAACAGAUAACCUGUCAUUAAAAAGGAUAUAGGGUAUGGGAAGGUGUUGAUAGGGAGACUCAAGGAGGUGUUGAAACAGUGUUUUCCUGUGAAAACUUUACCCAGAUAUGUACUGCAUCCGUGUGUGUGCGCGCGCGUGUGAGAGAGAGAGAGAGAGAGAGAGAGAGAGAGAGAGAGAGAGUGAGAAGUAUUAAUCUGAUUCUACUGACAUAGGUCACUUAUGGCUGAAAACCUCCAACAACUAAAAUCUACAAACUGUUAAAACAGACUUCAAUUUUUUAUGCAUUGUUUGCCACAUUACAGUAGCCCUCUGAACGAAAUCACUGUUUCCAUUUACAAAGUGGCUUUGGAUGCUAAGAGACACUUAUUUCAUUCAAAGCUGCCUAAUGACCCUAUGACUAAAGAGAUAUUUUGAGUUUAUAUAUCCCUUUUCUUAUUGGUACUCUAAUUUCAAGUAUUAUUUGUAUUACAACAUUUGAUGAUUCCUGAAAUUAAAUGAAUCAGUGGUCUUUUUUUAACACUGCUUUUCUAAUUUGUAGUAUAUGAUUGAGCCUUCUGAAAUGCAUUCUUCAUAUUUCAUGAUUUUGCUCUACAUAUUUUGGCUGCCUUAGAAGCUAAAAACUGAAAGAUUUCCUUAAAAGACAAAUGAGUCAAUAUUUGCAAUUUGCUGUUGUCACACAAAGUUCAAGUCAUGAUAAGCCUUUUUAUUGUUCUGUUGAAUAUAAACAAUGGACUUUUGGCUCAUGAUUGAGACCUGGAUAUUGAUUUUACAGAACAGAUUGGCUUGCAUCCUAACCUUUUGCUCCUUUAUAAAGAGACACAGUACUUUAUAAAAUGGCUGUUUCCAUGAGCAGAGUUAUCCUUCCAUGAAUAGAAGCAAAAAGUUAUAACUAGCCAGAACUGGUUGCUAGUUGGUGUUACUCUGUACCCAUCACAACUAUGCACUGAAUAGCCUAGUUACAUUCUAUUAAUGUGGUUUAACACGGACUAGAUCACACUGUCAACCAAGUAGUUUGUAGUUGUCCAAAUAUUUGAAGAAUCAGAGAAAAGGUAUGCUGGCAUAUUUAUUUCAAACUGGUUCUGCUUUAAGUCUUAUGCUGAACAUGUGUUUCUACUUUUAAAAUAGAGUGAAACUCCAAUGUGUCCUGUUCAGAAUAUAUUUUCUACAGGUAUUUGCUUUGGAUGGGUACCUCUCUACAGAUGAUUUAGUUAUUCUGUAGCUUAGUUUUUUCCUAAAAUGUGUCGUACCUUGAUCGUGUGUGUGAAAUGCAUUUUAAAAACAGACUGAGGCACUGCAUCAUUAUAAAAAUCUAAUUAACUCGCACUCAGUAAUGGAAAAUUACAAGUGAGCCCUGGGACAUAAAAAUUAAUUAAAUAUUACUUGUCUUUAUGUAAAUUACUUUUACUUUCAUUAGCAGUUGAAUUUAGGUUUUUAGCUGAUGCAUUUCUUUAGCACAGAAACUGCAAGUUUCUACUCUAGAAUCCCAUAGGGUUUCUAAUGUAACAAAAAAGUAAAGUGUUGCAUCUAGUGAGUGCAAAAGCAUUUGAUCCAACAGAGGCAUCCAUUAAUGCAAGAGGCAAGGGGACACUUUUUGCCCAUUCUCCCUCCCUUCUGUUUUCAUAAUUAUGAAAAACAUACUCUGGAUGCUCUCCCAAACCUUCAGAACAGAUUUUUGGAUGGUGCCGGAGGCUGUGAAAAUCAGCAAAAUUUGCAUCCCUUCCUCUUCUGUCAACAGUUGCCUCUGCUGGAGCAACAUCUAAACAUUCUAAACAUACAUUUUGUUUAAGUGUAGAUAAUAUAAUUACCAAAUGGGAGAAGUAAAACUACUACUUAUCCACUCAAAAGUAAGUCCUAUUGAUUUCAAUUGUCGUUGCUCUUAAACAAGUAGAUAUAGGCUUGUAUCCUGAAACUCAGAAUCUAAAGCAGCAUUUUAAAACUGAGAAGAAGUGUCUGCUAAUCUGUCAGCAGGUAUUUUCAGCAUUCUAACAAUUUUAUUUGGGAUGUAUUGCAUUACUAUAUUGUUUUCCAUUUUUGUGUGUGAAAAGAUAUAAAAGGGUAUUUAGCUGGGUUUGAUAUAGGAGGAAAUACCUGUUAUAGGAAGAAUAUUAAUGGUUGUGACCAACUAGGUUAUACAUACUAGUGUACACAUUGAAAAUAGUGAACCGAAGUUCUUCAUGUCCAUUAUUUUCACUGGGUCUACUCUGAGCUGGACUGACUUUGGAUAUGACCCAGUAUUGACUUCUAUUUUCUUCCUGGGUCAAAUCCCUAUCAAAAUACAUUUAAUGUAAAGUAAUUUAACCAUAUAUUUUUAAUUUUAUUGAUGUACAAACAUAAGUAAAAUGUGUAAAUAUUUCAUAAUUUUUGGAAGUUAUAUUAUUAUAUAUUCAUAUUAACCAAAUAAAUUAUGGUAUUUGCUUUCUUAAAACUAUAAUGUUGAUAGACAGAUGUUUAUUAUUAUGUUUGAAAAUUGAGUUAACCUGCAGCAAUAAUAAACUUUUUAUCUGCUUCAUUUGUUGUGUGUUCAUACCUAUGCCAUGAUACAAGUUUGUCAUACAUGAUAUCCAGUCUGAUAUAUUUUCACUUAAAAAUUGCUGCUCUGAAACAUGUAAACCUUGAAUAUUCCAAAAGCUUCAGUCAGGUUGCUUAAAACUUAUCUUCUAUCUGUAUCCCACAGCAACAAAGAUAAUUUUUUUAAAUGUUAGAAACAAGUAACUGUGGCAGUUUAUAGGAAUCAGGCAUUUUGGUCUUGCAUUAUUGUUCAGUCACAAUAAGGCUAAACUACAAUGAAGGGGCAAUCUAUGGUCUUUGUGGUGUCUAUGGUACAGGAACUGAAAAAGUAGUUUGGCAGCAUGUCAGGCCAGUCAAGGUUCUUCAGGCCCCCAGGCAAAAGCUGCACUGGCCUAAGGCAUGGCAUAGUUCAUUCCUUUAAAUUGGAGGUGAGUUGCCUUGGCCUGCCCUAGCUGAUACAGUUUAGGAAAUAGUGGUAACACCACCAUGAAUCUCUCUCUGCUGUAGGAUCGCUCUGCUCCAAAAUGCUGAAUCCAUAGACAACAGAAAGGUUAUCCAAUACUGCUACUGUAUGUGUGCUUUUUAAAAAUAUCACUUCCAUUGCAUGCCUACUUCAUAGGCUAGAGCAUCUGAUUUGUAUGCAGAAGCUCCCAGGAGGUCCAGUCCCUGGCAUCUCCAGGUAGGGCUGGAAAUCUCCCCUGACUGAAACCCAGAAGAGCCAUUCAGUUUAGGAUCACAAACCAAGGCAGUUUCACAUAGCUAGCGAGUGAUAAGCCAAGCUGUUAACAUGAUGAAUGGUGCUGCACUGCUGUGGGGAAGAAGCCCCUCUUGAGAUGACUAUGCUGUAAGAUCUGGGCUCUUUCCAUCUGAAUUCAGGUGUAAAUAUGCGAAUAGGUCAUAUUUCUUAAAGGUAUGACAGCCUCCGCCACAUCUUGAUUUGCAAAGGAACCCAGACCGUGAGUGAGCACUGGGAUCUCCCAAGAAUCUUUCUACAGCUCAGCAGAGAUGGUACCCAACCUCUGUAACACUAUGUUUCUCUCCAUGUGUUUGUGUCUAGUACCUGUUUUGUUAUUCCAAUGUGCCUCCAUGAGUUGGGCAAGAUAGUGGGUCAGGAUCAUGAACUGACCUUUGAGCUUCUUUAUAACCAUCCCAGAUAAAACGUUCUUGUAAUCUUUCAAGGGUUUUACUUAAUUGCAGCCUUUGUUGAAUCCUGUAAGUAUUUGCAGUUAUUUUAUACCUGGACUGCAAAAAGUUCCAGAAUGUGUAUGUGUGGCAGUGUUGGGACAUAUAAGCAUCUCAUUAUAUGAGUAUCAAUGUGGACCAAGAGAACUGCUUUAUGAAACAGCCCUAACUUUUCCAAGUUGAUAUAUCCCAUUUGACUCAUAAUCUGUGUCCAUAUCAGCUUUGUUCAAAAGGAAGCUCUGUUUCCCAUGAUUCAUUGUUAUAGAGAUGUGAAAAUGGCUAAACCCCGCCCUCAUUUUUACUGAUGUGGAUGAAAUUUACGGGAAGAGGAGUUUCUCCAGAGUGGAUUAAGCCUGCCAAAUUGCAGGCAGAUAUCUCCCAAUGCAGGAACCCUUAAGUUGUACAAAUAUUGUUUCAGUUACAGGAAGUCAUACUUUUCUCUUUUCCAUUAUUGUUUGUACAGUGUUUAUAAAGAAGUCUGUUUGCCUCAGUAAUUUUUUUCUUUUUUACUGUGAAUUUUGACUGCGUUUUGACUUAGCUGUAUGACAUAUCUAUCAUCUAUCUAUCUAUUAUCUAUAUCUAUUUAUCUCUUUCACUGCCAGGAGAUGAAACCUGCUAGAUUUAAAACUGAUAGUCAUAGUGAUUCUUCCACAAGGGCAAAAGUGAACAUUUCUGGGUGAAUAAAAUGUUUGUUAAUCCUU